AUGUCUCCUACUAGAUCUAUCUAUCUAUGUCUCCUACUAGAACUAUCUAUCUAUCUAUCUAUCUAUCUAUCUAUCUAUCUAUCUAUCUAUCCAUUCUCUCACACACUCUCUCUUUCUCUCUCUUCCCCUCCCCCCCACACACACUCCUUCUCCCGCACUCUCUUUCCGUCUUUGUCUCACUCAUUUUCUCUCUCUCUCUUUUCCAUCAAUCUCCUUCUCUUUCUCUCUCACUAUCUCUCUCUUUCUGUCUGUCUCUCUUUUUCACUCUCUCCCUCUCUCUUUCUCUCCUCUCUCGCGCACUGUCUCUCCUUUACUCUCUUUCUAUCCGUCUCUCUCUCACUUUCUCGCUUUAUCCAUAAAUCUCCUUCUCUUUCUCUCUCUCUCUUUCUCUCUUCACCCCCCCUCUCCCGCGUACGGUAUAUAACACUUUCUUUCUUUCUUUCUUUCUUCAAAGUUAUUUUAUUUAUUUUCCUUUCAUUUUUUCUUUCUUACAUUUCUCUUUCUUUCUUUCUUCUUAAAAUUUCCCCUUCUUUCUUUCUUUCUUUCUUUCUUUCUUUCUUUCUUUCUUUCUUCUUAAAAUUUCCCCUCUUUCUUUCUUUCUUUCUUUCUUUCUUUCUUUCUUUCUUUCUUCUUAAAAUUUCCCCUUCUUUCUUUCUUUCUUUCUUUCUUUCUUCUUAA